GGAGAGACUAUCUGAAGCAGCCCUCAAAACACAUCGGGUAGAUAACAAUUGUUUGGCAUGAAAUUUGGUGGAGUGGUGGUUGAGUUGAGUUGGGCAGAGUGCGUAUGUAGUGAAGUCCCGCGCUAACGAACGCUCCAACUCCCAGUCCCGUCCCGUCCGCCGUCCGUCCAUGAUUUUCAGCAGCUUGCGUUGCGGCCUUGCCAUCGACAUCGUAUUCCCAGGCCCAUUUCACAUCUUUACAUGCAGAUCUCACGGGAUCCCCGUUCUCUCAUCGAUUUUGAUGUGCUCGCGUGAGUGCUUGCCAGAUCGAGUUUAGACCGCCUCUUGCUUCGCGGAUUUCCCACGAUGCUACACUUUUGCCCUGGAACUUCAGCUGCGGUGGUGUCUAACUGCAAGAGUGAAGAUAUCUCCACUGUUGGGAAAUUGGGAGAACUCCACCACGUAGGACCGACCGUUUUCUUUUUGCUUCCGACGCAACUCCCGCAUUUUGAGAUCUUCGGUCAUCGUUUCCGCAACGGUUCAUGCGAGUGGAUUAGAAAGAUGUUCGGGGAAGACGGGAUGGGUGAAGAGUUUUCGAAAGGCUUUCUCGAAAGAACCGAACAUUCGGUCGAGCCUCGGGCGACGGGGGCCGAGUUGCUGUUCAUCCCCGAAGCUCUGUGUGAGACGCGGCUUCGGAGAUAUCAGGAUCGUCACCCACGAAACGGGCAAGAUUUUCGUAGGGUAUAUAAAAGGAUUGUCGUUUCUAAAUCGCUUCUAGAAAGGAAUAGUGUUGUAAGUAAGUCUCGGCUGACUUUCAAGAUGCCUUUUCAAGAGCGCCCUUCCCAGGAAGAAGCUCGCGUGACGGCUGUCAGCAGUUGACAAGGACAAUGCCUGCUGUCGAGCUGCAAGUUUGAAAUGAAAUGAAC